GCUUCCCCCUCCUGCCUGCCUGCACCGGUGUUCCCUCCUGCUCCCUCCGUGUCCCCUCCAUCACUCCCUCGUCCCGUUCCCUUGGCCCCUGGGUGGUCCCCUCCUGCUCCCUCCUGCUCGCCCGCCCGCCAGUCGUGACAUAGAUCGACGGAGCUGUAGGAGCAGGUCCGUGCUGUCAUCAUCUGCCUGCAACAGGUAAUAUAUAUACAUUUGGACUGUUAGCCAAUGUAUUGACCCUUUGCGUCUGACGUCACGCUCUUUUCGCGCCGAAAUGAUGGACGGCGGAAGUGAAUGAAUCGCCUGUGGACGGCAAGCCUUCAUGUAGUUGAACUGUCGUUGUUGGUUAUUUUCCGCUCGUGAUGGUGGUGCAGUGCUUCUUUCUAGCCAUCAUUCUUACAAUUCGAAUGAGGGUAUUGGGGAACUAUCCGGAAGCAUGUUCAUUGACUCAGAUAUAGCUACAAGGUUUGCAUGUGGCAAGUUUAAGACUGCAUACAUGACUCGGUUCGGCAUUGCACCAAAUUUUAAGAAAUUACUUAUAAACAAAACAGGUAUUGUAUAUACAGGUAAAAUGGUUAAACUUCUCUCUUAAGAUUUAUUUUGGGACAUGUUCAAACUUUUCUCUCACGUUGCAUCAACCAAUCAAUACCAAUGCUUACCACCCAUUAUAGUUCCAUGGACUCUUUGGACAGUUUUUUAAUCCACAGUGUAAGUUAUUGUUACAAGUUACCUCGUGAUGAAAUAAUACACUACUUUAGUCUGUGUGUAUGAGAAUGUGUGUCUGUCUUAGUGUGUGUGUGAGUGUCAUAUGACACUGAUAACAUUUUUUAGUAAUGUUUAUGGCUGUUGUAAGUGUCAUUUAUUUUGAGAAGUGUCAAGUUGACUUUAUUAGGUGGGAUUAAGGGUUAUGGUUAGGAUAACCCAAGAGCUAGAGUUAAAGUAAGGACAAAUGAAACUCAACUUGACACUUUUACUGUACCUAAUAUUUAUGAUGGGUAUGAAGACCCCCCCCCCCCAAAAAAAAAGCCGCUGCCCGAUUGUUGGUAGUAAAAAAUAUUGUGGAGGUAGUAAAAAAGGUAGUAAAUUGUAAAUUCAACUCUAGGAUUCCUGCAUAAACCGUGUAUAAACCUAAUAUAACAUUUUAUCGAAUACCUUUUGAUGAAGAGAGAAAACAACAAUGGAUAGCUGCAAUCAGUCGGAAAAACUUGCAGCCCUCCAAGUACUCAUGGAUUUUCAGCGAGCAUUUUAUAAAAGGUAAGAUUAAAUUAUUUUCCAGUUACAUACUUAUUUUAUGAAAUACCAUACCUCGCACGCCCAGCUCCGUACGAUCCUCGUGUGUGCCACGCCCCCCUCAUUACCUCGUGUGAAUCCCCGAUUGUGAUCACCUGUUGCCUGUUAUGUUCAACCUGUCUUGUGCAUUUAGUCCGUGUCUCAGUUAGUUUCCCCAGAUCCGUCAUUGUAGUAUCCGUAGAUGUCCCUACCUGACUGUCUUUUGACCAUUAAAACCCCUGAUUACCCGUCAGUUCCGCUCGCUCUCCUGCUUCACUGCUUACCUUCUUACCCGAACGUGACAGAAUGACGGAUCUCUCGAAAGACUCACCGCGGCAGGACGAGGACCUAUGGCUCGUCCUGCUACACGAGGUGAGUUAUUAGUGAGAGAUGCCGGAGAUCCAACAGGAUCCAAGCUUAUUCGCCCUGGUGGAGAGGAGCUGGACAUUAUUAUAGGGAGUUACCCCAAUCACGGAAGCGCCCGCUAUGGCGGAAGUGCGCUCCCUCCUGCGGCAGCUUGUCGACCAGGUGAAGGAGAAGCGGCUCCAGCCGCUCGGCCCCACAGAGGCAACCCCGCCUCAACCUACCAAUCUGGGUCGGCGCAAAAAGAAGCGAAGGGGAAAAGGAGAGGAAGUCGCCCCGACGCUCUUCCUGGGAGCCUGCUCUCUGCUACCUGCCUGGGAGUUUGAUAUUGAGCGCGAGGGCUCACCGCCCGCCUGGGAAGAUGUCGCUGCUGCCCGCCUGGCCAGUUUCCACCCGGAGAAGCCGCCACCGUUGGAGUCUUACUUUUAUCAGCCGGAGCGUCUAGGGCAAGGGGGAAUACGCGCUGUGAGAGACGCUAUUCCGCGGAUCCCCCAAGCCCUUAAAGGGGCAGUCGCUGGCUUACCUGCUCCGGACCUGCCUGCUCCGGACCUGCCAGCAGCACCGGCUGCUGCUGCCGCCGCUGUGUGCGAGGUGCCUGCUGCGGCUCCCCCUGCUGGCCAUGUGUCUGCGCCGCCCGCCGAGAUGCCCCCUGCUGGCCACGUGUUGGCGGCGCCCGCCGAGGCGUCCCCUGCUGGCCGCACGCCCGAGGUGCCCGCCGAGGCGUCCCCUGCUGACCACGUGACGGUGGCGCCCGCCGAGGCAUCCCCUUGCGGGUACUUGAUUUCCAAAAUACCAUCACCACAGCAGGUGCAAGAGAGCAAGGCAUCUGGAGAUGCUCCAAGUUAG